UCGAAAGUGAAAGCAGCCUGCAGUCUGCGGAGCUCCGCCGCUUCUUACUUCAGUCUGUCGGUGUGUUUUGUACCGGACGGCAGGAUGGCUGACACCGGGUGUCCGCCGCUGAUCGUGGAGGGGGACUGGAGUCCGGCUCAGAACAAAACCAUGAAGAACAAACUGCAGCUGUACUUCCAGAGCAAGAAGAAGUCCGGCGGAGGAGACUGCCGCGUGGAGGCGGAGGACGGAGCUCCGAGGGCUGAAGUGUACUUCAUAUCAGAGGAGGUGAGAGAGCAAGUCCUCGCCAGGACAAACCACGAGAUCGUCCUGGAGAACCAAACUGUCAAGUUACGUCUGAUCUCUGCGUCGGCAGGGUUGAGCAGGUUGGAGGACCCAAAUGCAGGACGCAAGGCAAAGGAGAGCCUGAAGGACAGCGACGACGCCUCAGAUUCAAAGACAAAGACGAAGUCAGAAGUUAAGCCUGGAGGUGGAGCUUCAGCAGAGAGCAAAGAGGGUAAAAACAAGAACGAGGAGGUCUGUGUCUGUGAAAUCAGCUGUCCUGAUAAAGAUACCAAGGUGGAGAAGGUAACGUCCGUUCAGAGCGUUGCUGUGGUGUUGGAAAACGUGGACAGCAUGUCCAGAGAUCUGCUGUCCAUGCUGGUGGAGAACAUCUCAGGUUUGGAGGACAGCGCCUACAGCCUGGAGAUCAUCUGGGAGACCAACAGAGCCGUGAUCACCUUUAACAGCCCUGCAGAUGUGGAGAAGUUCCUCACUGUGAGUCAGUCCAGCCAGAAGCUGCAGAAAUACGGACUGACCGCUCGGCCGCUGGAGGCUGCAAAGAGCGUCCGACUGGAGAGUCUUCCUCCGACUGUGACCAAAGAUGUGUUGGAGCUGUAUUCUGAGAAGAGCUGGUCUUUGCCGGACAAUAUCGUCAUGAUCCCAAGUGAACAGGCUGCCAUUGUCGCUUUCAAUGACCCUAAAGUUGUGGAAAGCAUUUGCACAAAAGACAACUAUGUGAUUUGCUCCACUACUGUCAAGGUGUAUCCAUACUACGAGUCCCUGGGCACCGCCUUGUACGGCAAAGAACGACCUACAUGGAAGAUGCCAGAGCCCUUCACGGAGAGGGUUCACCCUGCUGUCUGGAAAUUCCUCCAGAUGAAGAAACAAUUAAAAAUCAUCAACGAUCAGAUGAGUCCGCACUUCUGCAGUGUGGACUUGGAUAACCCUGAGGUGAAACUCAGCCCUCUGCCGAGCUUUUUGAGGCAGAAAGGUCUGACUGCCAAACAUUUAGAUAUGUGGAUGAGUACCGCCCAAGAGGCCUUCCGUCAGCAAAUGUCUCAGUACACUGCCUUUGAAUGUCCAGUGGACACACCUGCAUGGAACGCUGCAGAGAAAGAUGUCCUUUCGGUUAUCAGGGACGAUGCCUUCCUGGUGAUGGAUGCAUCCAGGGGGGUUUUGGUUGUGGCUGGCCGAGCUGAUGAUAUAAAACAAUUCAGGGCUCCUGUGGAGAACAUUGUUCUCAAAGCCAUGAGUCAAAUUAAACGGCAGACAGAUGGUGUCUCUGAUGGAAUGGAUUUGUCCCCAGCAAUGUUUUACAUCCUGCAGCAGGAAGGGUUGCAGAAAGCUGCACUGAACAUUUCCCCUGACAUGAACCUCUCCUAUGAUGGAGGAACCCAGAAGUUAACCAUUACAGGACUUCCUGCAGAGGUUUUCCAGACUAAGGCGUGGAUCUUGCAGAGGAACAUGGGUAUGUGUAAAAAACCAAUGAAUGUCCCUCCAUGUCUUUUAGACUUUCUCAAGACUGUGGAUCCCACAGAGAUGUCGCAGGACUUGUUCACAUCCCAAGGCAUCAGUGCCAUCUACAGCAUUGAGGACAAAGGGGUAAUACUGUUAGGGAGUUCAGAGAAUGCCCUUGCUGAUGCAGAGAGUAAGAUGAAGACGGUUUUUGCCCUGCAGACUCUGGAUGUGGAAGACCAGAAUGUUCUGAAACUUCACAACUGGGUGAGCCUGAAUCAACAGCUGUUGGACACCUUCAACUCAUUAAAGAAGAAAACAGUAGCCAUUCAGAUCCAUCCAGAGAGAAGAGACAAAAUAACGGUGGCCGGCUUCCAGAAUCCAGUGAAAGAGGUCAGCUGCACUCUGAAGGAAUUCAUUGUGAACUACUCACGAGUUCAAGAAAUCUUUCGGGUAGAGUCCUGCGCUGUUGUUCAGUUUAUUGACAAGAAAAAAUCUCAAGAUUGGUGCAGUAUUGCCAAAGCUAAUGAUGUGACAGUCCGUUUUGAUGAAGAGAGGCCAAAAAUCAUCAUCACUGGGGCUCGUCUUCACGUCCAGAAAGCCAGAUUCUGCUUUCAGGAACUGACUAGUAGCCUCAUAACUGACAACUUAAUCUUAGAAAAGCCUGGAGCCAAGAAGUACUUCCAGUCUCAAGGGAGCCUGUUUCUGUCUACAAUAAUGUCAGACUUCAACUGUGUGGUGGUGCUUCGCCCAGAAUCUCAAGAGGAAGAGGAGGAAGAGAACUAUGAAGAAGGAAAUGGCCUUUGUUAUUGCAAAGUUCAGACCAGCAGUGGAGUUCUGGUUUCGGUUAGCAAGGCAGACAUCUGUAUGUUCAGAGUUGAUGCGGUGGUCAAUGCAGCUAAUGAAGACUUACAGCACAUUGGCGGUCUGGCUUUGGUGUUGCUUAACGCUGCAGGACCUCAGCUGCAGAAAAUCAGCAACGACUACAUUUCCACAAAUGGAAAACUACGUGCAGGUGACGCCAUCGUUACAGGUGCGUGCAACCUGCCUUGCAAGUACGUCGUACAUGCAGUCGGUCCCCGGUUCUCUGACUAUGACAAGAAGACGUCAGUGUCGCGUCUGAAGCUUGCAGUUAAAGAAAGUCUGUCUCAAGCAGAGAAGGUCCACUGCUCCACCAUUGCGCUACCUGCAAUCAGCUCAGGUGUGUUUGGUUUUCCUGUUGACCUCUGUGCUGACACGAUAGCUCAGGCAGUGCGAGAAUACUGCGACAGACCAGGAAGUCUGACAUCGUUGACUGAGAUUCACCUGGUGGACAAUAAUGAUAACACAGUGAGAGUCCUGGCUGCAGCAGUCAACAGAGAGUUCGGUGACCUUGGACCUACGAUGACCGUUCCACAGUGGGCAGAAAGAAAAGGCACCGGAGCUUCAGGCAGAUAUCAAUGGGGUCGAGGUAGAGGUCAGAACCAGUCGCCCAGGGGCCAACAGUUUGCUGAAAGAGGAAGAGGAGGAGGACUUGAAAGAGAGGCUGGGGGAACAGGAGCUGGAUCUCGGGGAGAUUGGCAAAGUAACAGUGGAGGUCAGAGCUCCAGGGGACACACCAGGCCUGGAGAGCAUGGAGGACCCGGGAGGAUGGAGCAGACCACAGCUGAAGGCCUGAAGAUUGCUCUCUGCAAGGGAAACAUUCAGGACCAGAAAACUUUCGCCAUCGUCAACACCAUAUCCGAGAACAUGGACCUGAACCAGGGAGCGGUUUCCAAAGCGAUCCUGGAGGCGGCCGGAUCCGCCCUGCAGUCAGCUGUUCGGUCUGAAGCCAGGGUGGCAACGCUGCAGCGUACUGACGUCGUCAUCACAGACGGCUUCAAACUCAGGUGUAGGAAGGUCUUUCACGCUGUUUGCCCUUUUUGGGACAACGGAAGAGGCCAGGCAGAGGAGGAGUUAAUCACCACCGUCAGAUAUUGUCUGGAUGCGGCUGAGAAGCGUAAGAUGACGUCACUGUCCUUCCCGGCCAUCGGUACAGGAAACCUGGGCUUCCCCAGAGACUUGGUGUCCAGAGUCCUGCUGAGGGAGAUCCACUCAUUCAGCCGAAAUAAAAAUCCUCGCCAUCUGAGAGAGGUGGUCAUCGUCGUUCACCCGAGUGACAGCCAGACUGUGGAUUGUUUCACCAGGGCGUUCAGAGGUCAGACUGACCAGAGAAACAUGAGGGAAGCACAGGAAUUUAACGAGGCACCAGUGGCAUCUGUCAGCCAAUCACAACAGCCCUCAGCCUCCUUCAGUCAGGUAUCGUCGCCCUCCCUCGGUGUGCAUCGGAUGCAGAUGGGUCAGCUCACCCUCGAGGUGUCGUCUGGAGACAUCACCAAGGAGGCCAGUGAUGUCAUCAUCAACUCCUCCAGUCCGGACUUUACCCUCAAAGCAGGAGUGUCCAAGGCGAUCUUAGACAGCGCUGGAUUAAAAGUAGAGAUGGAGUGCGCACAGAUCGUGAAUUCUCCGGGUUACCAGCCUCGUCCGAUGAUCCUGACGUCGGCCGGCCAGCUGCCCAGCAAAAACAUCAUCCACAUUGUUGGUCGGAAUGAUCCUGCACAGAUCAAGGACAUGGUUUAUUCAGUGCUGAAGGUCUGCGAGGAAAACAAGUUCAAGUCCGUCUCCUUCCCAGCCCUGGGAACAGGUCAGGGAGGAGCCAAACCGUCGGCAGUGGCGGACGCCAUGGUGGGAGCGGUGGUGGAGUUUGUGAGAAAGAAACAGCCAAAGUUUGUUCGCAGCGUGAAGUUCCUGAUCUUCCAGACGUUCAUGGUGAAGGAGUUUCACAAGAGCAUGAUGAAGAGAGAGGGAGAGGGGGUGGAGGAGAAGGGCGUCUUCACCAAGAUCAGAGACUCAGUCACCACAUUUGUUAGUACUGUAUUUGGUACGGAGCGGCGCAGCACUGAUGACUUGGAUCUAGAGAGGGAAGAGUUUGAGCCCACAGUGUUUCAGCUGUGUGCUGACAACGAAAAGGCUGUGAGUCUGGCUAAGAAAAGGAUUCAGGAGGUGAUUGUGGCCGAGCAGGCGGAGCGCACCAUCACAGAUCAGUACAUCAAUCAGCUGUCGCAGGCUGACAUGGACCAGCUGAAGGCCCUGCAGAGGGAACUGACGGUCAGCAUCCGUCUGGACAAAGGGCAGGAGGACCAGGAGCCCAAAAUCCACCUGGAGGGUCUGACCAGAGACGUCUUCACCGCCGAGGCUACGGUCAGGGACAUCAUCCGGAAGGUGGAGAGGACGGAGACCUUGAGGAAUAAGGCCUUGCUGGUGAGCGGGCUUGUAGAGUGGCAGUUUCAGCACCACAACAAGGCGACGGUGCCCUUCGACAUUCACACCAACCUCAACCUGGAGGAGGCUCUGGAGAAAAAACAAAGUGUGAAGAUCAAGAUCCUCAAUGAAAAUUACAACGCUGACGCAGUGCUCAGGAAAGCAGUUUCAGUGAAAGGCAAUAAAAUGGUGGAGCUGCUUAGAAAAGACCUGAAAGGUACAGACGCCGCGCUGCCGCCACAUUGGGAUGACAUGAAAGGCGACCUCCUCAAGCUGUUUCCUCUGACUACAGGAUCCCAGGAAUACAACGAUGUGGAGACAGAAGUUAAAAAGAUCGGCCUUGCUGCAAACAUCAUCAGUAUUGAACGGGUUCAAAAUUCGACACUGUGGCAGAGCUACCAGCUCCUGAAGAAACAACUGGAGGUGAAGAACAAACACAAAAACAACGAGAGGCGACUGUUCCACGGCACCGGAGUCAAAUCCAUCAAUCUCAUCAACAAUCAAGGAUUCAACCGCAGCUACGCAGGAACACAAGUAGGUGCGAUGUACGGCAAUGGCUCUUACUUUGCAGUGGACCCGGGAUACUCGGCCAAUGGCUACGCCAAACCCGACGCCAAGGGGCACAAGCGCAUGUAUCUGGCCAGGGUCCUGGUUGGAGACUUCACCCAGGGAAAAGGUGGGAUCAUCACCCCGCCUGCCAAAAGCUCUAGCAAUUCUACAGACCUGUAUGACAGUGUUGUUGAUCAAACUGCCAACCCAACCAUGUUUGUCAUCUUCAAUGACAUCCAGGCAUACCCAGAAUACCUGAUCACAUUUACAUGAGCUGCUGGUAGUGCAACAACUCUGGUAAAAAACAAACCUGUCAUAUGUGUUACAGUUUAACUCAGUUUAUAAAACAGUAAAUAUUUAUAGUAUUCUUUAAUAUAUAAUUAUAUUAUUGCUUAAUAUUUUCACCCAUUAAUAAAUGUAAAAGAAAGUGUCACACUGUUUGUUAAGUCAGCUAAAAAAAGUUCCAAUAAAUUAACAAAAGCACUAAAACUUUGAGAAUGAAUAUGUUAAAACCUUCAACCUUUGUUUAUGACAUUGUUUUGUUUUGGGAAUAUAAUUUGAAAUACUAUAUUAAAGGAACAUUAACCAUUUUCUUAGUUGUUUUAUUAAAAAUUGGAUAAGAUUUUCAGUCUGCAUCAUUAUAUCUUAUAUCUAUUAAUUUCACUGCAACUAAUGUUGCUGGUUCUGUCUGGUAUUUUUUAUGCUAGCACCACGGCUGUGUGGACGGUUUUCCUUACAGGGUGAUGUUGAGGAUGAAUUUGAGUGACCUUGGUGAUCCCAGGACUUUUUAUGGAGCCAACACGACGUUUGUUAGAGAUAUUUCUUAGGGGGCUUGGAGUCAUUAGCUGACCCCACAAGUGUUCACUGACCUUCCAGCUUAAGUUAUUUCUCUCAUGUAACUGUCCUUGUUAGGGAGGCAACAGACUGGUAAGGUAGAGACAGUAGCUCCAGUAUCAGGCUAGCAGAUAUCAGGGUUCUCUGGGAAUCUUACAAGGUUGAGACCUACAAGAAUGUUUAGAAGAACUCGUUGGCUCCACAGAUUAGAGAACUCAUGGAUAGUAAUACUGUAGAUUCAAACAUGACGUAGCAUUGGAGUCUAAACAUUAUAUAGAUUUGUUGUUGUAGAUUAAGGCCAGCUAAAGAUGACCUAAUAGAGAAACCUACAGGCACCAGGGUGAGGACAGAAUCCUUCAGAUCUGGUGUUGGCAUUUGACGUGUUCACAUGUUGUAUGAUGGCACUGUAUCUCCUCAGCCGGGCUCAAUAAACCAUGCUAUGUUAAGUCUU